UACACUUCACAAGACAGUCAAACCUGAGCGGCUUUUCUCAUUAAGAAACUUUUGUCUGUCUUAGAUCUGUCUUAAGUCUGGAAGGGCACAUUUUCUUCGGCGAGUUCCUGUUAUUCUGCCGGUAACCAGUCUGCAGCUGUCCACAGAGACACACUUUUGUGUGAGAGAAGAAUAUGUCCAUGGUUUGUUGGGUAGGCACAGAUCAUGAUGUGAAGCACAGCAGGUUGUCUGCUCCAGUGUCUACAAGAGCAAUGGUGACCAAACAAAUGAGCAGAUGCUGGAGACAUCUGCAUGAUGUAUUUUUCCUGUUCCUGCUCCUGCUGUGCUGUCCAGUAACUUCAAGCAUAAAUUUCACAACAAUUGGGCUUUCGGCCGUCACACCAUCUACAGGACCCCCAAAUUCAUUAACAACAAGCCAAGUUAUGGUUCAAAAUACAACAGCGAUGGUGCACACCACAGCCACAUCAUCUAAUAUAAGCACAACAAUCUCAGCAACCGUAUUCACAACGGAAUCACACAGCACUGAUAAUCGAACUGUGGAAAGCACACCAUACACAUUCACUGGAAACACGACGACUUUUGAAACAACUGCAAACUUCACAUUCACUGGAAACACGACUUCUUUUGAAACAACUGCAAACUUCACAUUCACUGGAAAUGCCACUACUUUUGAAACAACUGAAAACGUCACAUUUACAGCAGCACCCGAACCAUCCUCCACUAAUAUAACUGAUACAACACCAACCAUUACCCAAACAUCAAUCGUUACAGCACCCAAACCUUGUAACAUUUUUCAAAGCUGUGAGAAUGAAUUUUACUGGAUGAUCGUUAACGUAACAAGAACAUCUGGAAGUGAUCCAGCACCCAUCCAAACAUGGCUUGACAGUCUUUACAGAAGCAACCUCAAUGCAUGUUCACUUUUACAAUAUGAGGUUAUGAGCGCAGUGAAGGAGAGCUCUGUGACACAAGCUGUGCCUAUCACAGCUACCAGUAUAAGUACAGAGAAACCCAUGCUUUACGACAUGGAGGUCACGUGUGAUCCAAGAAAUAGUACACAGGAUGCACAGUGCAAUAUACUUCUGAGGCUGAGUGCACCUGUCAGUGUUUGCUGCAUUAGUGAUGCUGUUGUGAAGAUGAACUCAGAAAAUGUCAGCAUCAGUUUGGUGGGAACAAUAGAAAGAGUGGGUUUGUGUGCAGAUUAUGUAGCACCGAUUUUAUCUGGACAAUAUGACAAAUGUAAUCAGACAGUCAAUAUUAAUGUGUGUACAGAAGAGCCGCAGAACAUCUCAUGUGGAAACAAUACAAAUGUGAUUUUUCCACUGGAUACUGGUGUUCAAGAGAUCUGCCCUACUAGCCCACCGCUGCCUACAUGUAAUUGUUCUUCACACUGCAAUAACUCAGAUUUCUACUAUUACCAUUUUAAUGUACAGCAGAAUCAAUAUAUGAAAUACUCUGAAAUCGAGUCUUUUUCUAGGUUCUUGAAUUACUCAAAAUGCAGCAACAUGUCAUCUGCAUGUAACAGUGUGCAAGCUUUCAGAAAUCACAUUCAGGACAUAGGUGUGAGUGAUUGCACAAGCAGCUAUUGUGGCGAUAACGCAACUCGUAACAGCAAUGUUAUAGUGAAACUAGACGCAGCAAUGGACCCGUGUGAUGUUUGCACAGCUCUAGAGGCCAUCUUUGAAUCUCAGGAAAGCUUCAUCUUCGACGGAGUUGUGAGCAGAGUAGCUGUCUGCUCUUAUUCUUUGGAUCCUUUAAGAGAUUAUUUCAUAUGGAAGCCAUCUUUGAGUGCAAAUUUUAGUUCUGAGGGCUUCUGUGUGGAGUCAAACAGAGAAAACAUGUCGACAGAUUACUGCUCAACAGACGUGAUAGCAGGUAUCAUUCCAAUUAUAGUCAUUCCCCUAAAUGGCAGCUGUAAUUCAUCUGCACCCACGUUUCAGAACAGUACCACAACUCCUCCAUCUUUCACAAGUACCUCCCUCUCGAACUCAACCACCAUCAAUGCUACAGUCUCUGUGAAUGUAACAGCUUCAUCUGCUAAUGUAUCAGCUUCAGUGUCUACAACCACAUCAGGGACAUUAGAUGCUGAAGGAUUGUUGAAGUUGAGCGCAAAUGCUUUAUCUUUAAACGCCACUCAGUUGGAGCUGAUUUUAUCACAGCUGGAGUCACUUCUCUCUGGGCCCAACGUCAGCCUGGCUCUGGGAAACACCUCCGUCAACAUUGUCAACAAUCUCCUUGAUGUUCCUGUAGCUGUAAUGUCUCCUUUUUCAAAGAGGGCCAUUGGGGUUGUGGACACAGUGGGUCUUAAAUUGGUUGUACCAGGGACGAGUCAGUCAAUAUUUUCACCAUCACUGGCUCUGGUGGUGAAGAAAGUCGAUGGGGCCAACUUUCAAGAGACGUCCUUCUCAUUAAUUGAAACAUCAAGCAUUCAGAUUCGAAGUAACCGCAGCAUGGCGAAUGAAGACAUCAUGGUUCGGUCCACUCCUUUGGGUUCAGUCACCCUCCCAGCAUCCCUCACACAGAACCUCACAGCAGAACAACAGCAGCUCGCAUCCAGAGUCCAGUUCAACUUCUUCCAGAAGAGCACCUUCUUCCAGGACAAAAACCUGACUGGACGUAAACUAAACAGCGGGAUUGUGGGUAGCAGUGUGGCUAACCUGAGCAUCUCCGGCCUACAGAAGGAAGUGCUGAUAACCCUGAGAAACACAGAGCCCAUCCCGGCUAACAAUAAAGCUGUCUGUGUGUUCUGGGACUUUGGAUUAAAUGGUGGCUCGGGUGGCUGGAAUUCCUCUGGGUGUCGUGUACUUAAUACUUCUGCUGAAGAAACUCAGUGCGCCUGCAGUCACCUUACCAGCUUUGGCAUUCUGCUAGACAUUUCCAAGACUCCCAUUGAUGAAACAAAUUCUAAAAUCCUGACAUUCAUUACGUACAUCGGCUGUGGCAUCUCUGCCAUUUUCCUGUCAAUCACACUGCUCACAUAUCUGGCCUUUGGUAAACUGCGCAAAGACAUCCCGUCUAAGAUCCUGAUUCAGCUGUGUUUGGCCCUGCUUUUUCUAAACCUGGUGUUCCUAUUGGACGCCUGGCUGGCUCUGUUUCCAAACGCUGUGGGCCUAUGUAUCUCCACUGCUUUUUUCCUGCAUUAUUUCCUCCUGGCGUCCUUUACCUGGAUGGCACUGGAAGCUGUCCACAUGUAUCUGGCCCUCGUCAAGGUGUUCAACACCUACAUCGCCCGCAUUAUGAUCAAGAUGGGACUCGCUGGAUGGGGCAUUCCUCUCGUGGUAGUCAUAAUUGUCAUAGCUGUUAACAAAGACCACUAUGGCCUUGUGACAUAUGGGAGGUAUGCAAAUGGAGUGACUGAUGAUUUCUGCUGGAUAAAAAACGACAUUGUCUUCUAUGUUGCUGUGGUGGCGUACUUCUGUCUUGUCUUCCUGAUGAACCUCAUCAUGUUUAUUGUGGUAAUGAUCCAGCUGUGUCGCAUUAAGCAGCAGAACCCUCACAAUGUGCAGAAUCGCAGCGGCUGGCAGGAGAUGCGCAGCGUGGCCGGACUCACCGUGCUUCUGGGCCUAACCUGGGGCUUCGCUUUCUUCGCCUGGGGUCCCGUUAACCUGCCCUUCAUGUACCUGUUUGCUAUUUUUAACACUUUACAAGGAUUCUUCAUCUUUGUGUUUCAUUGUGCCAUGAAAGAAAACGUCAGACGACAAUGGAGGACAUACCUGUGUUGUGGCAGCCUGAGGCUGGCAGAAAACUCAGAAUGGAGUCGCACCGCAACUCAAAAGAUUAACAAAGCCACCAAAAAAAGAGGAUUUUCAUUCCGCUCGGCGAAUUCGAACAAUUCUAGCUCGUCUUUCCUGAACCAUGACAGCUUGGCAUCCGAUACGCCUGUGGACGUCAGCAACCCGAUGGACGACAGGAUAAUAACUGCAGAAGAAGAGCCCAGCUCAGGUUCUGACGUGGUAUUGAAUGAGAUCAACGACCAGUACCGAGGUCAGAGGUCAUAGUGAAACACAGCCACCAUGAGCGUAUGUGUGUGUGUGCUAUGGUCUUAACGAAACCCUGGAUUUCACUGCUAUUUUAAAUUUACAUAAAGUAUUGAGUGUUGUAUAUACAACAGAAAUGUUACUUCAAAUGAAGCACUUUAAUUAAUGCAAUUAAACAAUAAAGCUACCACAGCAAUGCAAAACCUCUUAAACCGACAAGAAAUUAUGUGAUGGUUUGGAUUGCAUACUUUUUCUUUGAGUAGUUGGAUAAUUGUGCAGUUGGAACAAAUUGGAUAAGUGUUUAUGAAAUGUAAUUAUGUGCUUAAAAUAUGGUUCAGUUACUUGACUAUCUUAUAUAUCUGUACUAUAGUCUGGAACGUUCAAAAUCAUGUAUGUCGUCACAUGUAUUUUAUUUUUGUAUUUUUAUAGCUUUUCAAAAUAAUAAAAUGUACAACAUAAGAGUAUAAUAAAAGAAGUACAAGUUGUUAAAGAAAUUAAUACUUUUAUUCAUCAAGGAUGCAAUAAACUGAUAGAAAAUGACAGUCAAGACAUAAUGAAACGAUGUUUUGAAUAUAGAGUUGUUUUCAUCAUUACUACUAAGAAAUGCUUAUUGCACAUUAAAUGUUUCUUACAUUUUAAACAUAUUAAAAUAGAAAACAGUAUUUCACAUUAUUACAGUAUAUUUCAUAAAAUAAAUGCAGCCUUGGUGAACAUAAGAGACUUCUUUCAAAAACAUUCACAAUCUUACCAACCCCUAACUUUUCAACGGUUGUGGAAACGUCAUGGCUUAAACACUGAACUGCGACCGGUCCCUUUAAAUGUCAGCCAGCUACUUCCUGUUCAAGUGGGCACUUCCAACAGAAAAACAUAGCCUAAACUUUGCUGAGUUAAAAGUCUUACUAUGCGAGACUAGCACGAGUGUUAAUUAAUUUAAUAAUCACAAGUGAUAAUUCUUGAGCAUAUAAAGAAGGUCGGCUUGUUUUUCGAGGUUCUGCUUUCAGAUCUAAUGAACUCUAGAAGAUAAAGAUGGUGGAUGGAUCCCAUGAGAACGGUCACAAGAGUCAGCGACUGAUCAGAAGAACUCGAGCUACAGGAUCAGGAGUAGAUGCACCAGUAGAUGAUGUUGAAGAGAAGAUACGCCACUGGAAAGAUGAUCCUGGAGUACGAGUCAAUCAUGUAGCUGUUGCUCAUUAUGAAUCUGAUGU